AUGCUUCGCAACCGCCCAUCCAGAGUUCCUCUUGGUAUGGCUGAUGUCAAACAGAUGGACCAACGCCUAUGGCUCAAGCAGACCUCGCAUCCGCUUGUUGCACAGACUGACCGGGCUUAUGUCCAUCACCAACAAUCGAACAUCAGCCAUCCGCCACAGCCCCACUACAACCUGCGUGAGGGUCCUCACAGAUCGAGAGAUGCAAGCCUUGUUCAGCUUGAUCCAAACCGCCAUGUUCCGCAGUCUGCUGUCCACGAUUCAACUGACUCUAUCGAAGACAGUGAUUCUGAUGAUUCUGCCUCUGCAACAAUUGAAUCCGUCGCUCGUCUUGUUCAUAUAGCAGAGGUCAGCCCUACUAUCACUCAAGUUCCUAGCUACGACCCGCCUGCUUUUGUGAACCUUCCUCUGGAAAGACCACCAGUACAUGACAGAAAUUAUCCUGGUGUCAUCAGCGGCCAUCAUCAGGAGCCGAAUACUUCUCCUAUACCUACUAGAUAUCGCUAUAGUGGCCGUUCCGGGACCGGCCCAGGUGCUCGUCCAGGCCAUUCGCACCAUCAGCCUUUUCGCCAGGAUAUCAACCAUUCCUAUCAAGGCAAUAGUGACUGGAGUACGGCACUUCUUUCUCAAAGAGGUCACAAUCCUAACGCUGUCUCAUUCUCGCCUCGUGUACGAUUCGGCUCGGCUCUUCAGGAACUUUCUCCCCAUCACAGCUCCAACUUUGCCUCUGUCAACCGACGUGGAGGAACGCUUAGAACAAGACGAUCUUCUUCCCGAAUCUCUGAUCCCAGCCGUGGUGAUACGAACCACCAAAUCAGGUCUAGGCCUAUGCCACGUUCUAGAGGCUCUAUGAUCAGGGGCGCUCGUCGUACUGGUGCGCACCUCAGGCCGCCAGCUGCAUCGUCAAUAGACACUGUCAUGGAUCGUUACCCCAUCUUCCCCUCGAUGUCGUCCCAGUCCGACCAUUCAAGAUCUGAUUAUAUGUUCUUUCCCCAUUCUGAAAGCAUACCUCAGAGAAGAGGGAUAGUCAGUCCGCCCACGAGUCUCGUUGUCACCCGUAUGCCGCACCCUCAGUCCCGUUUUUCUUCAGCUACAGAGUCUUACACCUCGGAGCGGUCUCGAGCCUCAAGUAACAGUCUUUCGACUGCAAACAUGAUUCCCACUCUCGAUGAUUCCUCGAGACAUGGCUCUAUAGGUUCUAGAACCCAGGAUGAGCGACAGGUCCCUCGCCUAGGCAGUGUACGUUCCUCCCAUGCCGGAAGCUUGACUUCACUGCUCCACGGACGUGAUUCAUCCUGCCGUAAUGGUGGGCUUCCUCCAACGCAUUCACCCUUAGACCGGUUAACCCAAGAGUUGCAGCGUCUGUCGACAGGUUUGUCAGCAAGAUCGCGGUCGUCAUUAGGACAAUCCUCGCGUGUGACAUCUACAGAUGGGCAUCUGUUGAGCGGCAGUGUCUUCUACUCAGACAACGAUGAUGAUGAGGCAGAAGAAAGGAGUAUCGGGAUUUGUGAACGUCCCAGUCGUCGCGAUUCAUCGCAUGUCGACGGACGCAGUAUGAACAGGCAGGACGAGUUGUCCCGUCAGCCUCAGCAUGAUUUCGGCAUAACAGCGCGAAUAGUGGAUGUAGAAAUGGACUGCCAGAGUGUAACAGUCAGGCCACUCUCAGUGUCUCUCUCGAGCCAAUCUGUAAGCUCAACUCCUGGAAUCGACGCUUCCAUAGUCAACAGCUCGCCGCCUGGAGAUUUACCUGGCCUUCCUCCCGUCACACCAGGUCGACCACAAGCACGAUCCUCGAAAACUCCGUCCACAUCCUAUUCAAAUCUUCGGCCACAAGCAACUCCGAAGGUGAGAGUUUACGAUGAUGGCCAACCAGCUAGCAUGCAGCCGCAAACACCAGCGGACCUUUAUCAUCAUUUCCGAACACCGAUGCCUACCAUACCUGCCAAUCCUGUGGUUUGUCAAGUUGCGCGUCCGCUCGCAAGAGACCAGCUUGUGGAACGAUCACCCCCGAUACCAACUCGCAAUGCUCACCGCAAUACAUACCCUUCCUUUCAGCAGGCAGUUCCAGAACCACCUACAUCUAAUUCGCAACCAUCCAGUCCCUACUCGCCUAAUCUCGAUCUGAGGACUGCCGCGGCUAUCACUGCGGUCGAACGACGACGAACAGCUCGAGCAUUUCCUGAUGAGAAUGUAAUUGAUCCGAGUACCAAUGGCAUGGAAGCUGAGAGGGAUGCAUUGCUGAGACGUAGAGGACACGACAACACAAACACCCUUGAUCACACUCCUCCACCACAAGGUAGGUACGAACGGUUCAUGUCAUGA